CUCCUGAACCCUGAUCUCUAUACGUUUUACAUCGGCCUUUAUAGGUUUUAAUUCGGGCCUGCUAAAUUGGGCCGGCCUUGGCCCAAAUCAAGCUUUUGCUAGAACCCUAUAAAUAAACAGAGAGUUGUCUUCUUCUACCCAACUCAUUAGUUUAAGUAUGAGGCAUCCGAGGGCCGCGGCGUCGCCUAGGGUUUUCGGUUACCUCCGGCAACCUGCGGCGGCGCCGGCGGAGGAGGAGAAAGAAGAAGAUGGGUGUUUUGGAAAGGGUUGCUGCUUCCUCCUCGUCUCUCCUGUCCCCUAUUGCCGAUGAUUCUUUUCUCAAGCGAUCGAUCGGACCUUAUAAAUCAUGAAACAAACGGGAAAAUGGUAGAGAUAUGAACCUGCAGUUGUAAUUCAUUGCUCGAAGUCGGCGAUGAUCACUACAUUACAGUUUCAAUUAGCCAGUUCUGCUUCAGGAACAGCGACCACUACAUGGGGGAGGUCACCUUCAUCAAACCCUAACCCUACCUCCCAAUUCCUCUUCUGUCAGAUCUUGAUCGGAUCUCGCGGAUCCGGCUCCUCCUCCCCAUGGCGUCUCCGCCGAUCCUAUUCCUCUUGCUUUUCCUCCUUGCCGGCGCCGCUGCCUCCUCCGCCGACGAUUGCAGGGCCAACGCUACGCUUGGCGGCCUCGAGGCCGACCUCGCCAUGGUCCAGCACCAGGUUCGCGGAGUCGUCCGGGUCCUCGACGCCUGCUCCUUCUCCGUCCGUGGCUUCGACAUGCUCGCCGGAUCGGACCGGGUCCGGUGGUGGGGCGCGGCCGGGGACGACUUCCUCAACCUGACGCUUGGUUCUCCGAUCUCCGACAUGCCCCUCAACCACACCUACCGCAACGAGUCGCUCACCGUCAAGCUGUCAGGCAACGCCUCCUGGGACCAGAUCGCCGUCCUCGCCAUCUGGGAUGAGGCCACCGCCUCGGAUUUCGGCCAUGUGGCCCUUUUGAACGUCUCCGAGAACGAGACCGACUCCGACGUGGCCCCAAGCCCGGAUCUUUCCCCGGCCCCAUCUCCAGCCGCCAAUCCGCCGGUCGAGAUGAUGAAGAACAAGAGCCGGAUCCAUCACCAGCCGACCAUGUUCGAAAACUGCCUCACGUUAUCUCCCAGAUUUAGAGUUCGGUGGACGCUGUACCCUGAAUCGGACUCCGUCGAGGUCGGUCUAGAAGCAGCUGUUGGCUCAGAGUACUAUAUGAGCUUUGGGUGGGCGAAGCCUGGUUCGCCGUCGCAUAUGCUCAAUUCAGAUGUUACUGUCUCUGGGUUCACCGAAGAAGGUAUGCCCUUUGCUGAAGAUUACUACAUUACACAAUUUAGUGAGUGUCUUCUUAACAAGGAUGGCAAGGUCGAAGGUGUUUGUCCUGAUACAAUCUACGAAGGAUCAGAUCCAAUUGGACUUGUUAACAAUACCGAAUUGAUCUACGGUCAUCGGAGAGAUGGGGUAGCAUUUGUCCGGUACAAGCGCCCUCUAGUCUCUGUCGAUGAGAAGUAUGAUGUGCCGGUGAAUAUCACAGCGAACAUGACCGUGAUUUGGGCAUUAGGUCUGUUGAGGCCACCUGAUUCCCUCAGGCCUUAUUAUCUUCCUCAAAAUCAUGGUGGUCAGAUAGAAACAACUUACAAUUAUCUCUCCCUGAAUUUAUCCGAGGAGAUGGAUGAUUGCUUCGGGCCUCUGGAUGCCGAAGAUAAAGAGGAUCAAGAUCUUAUCAUUGCCGAUGCAAAAACACCGCUCGUCAUCACAUCAGGGCCAGCAUUGCAUUACCCAAACCCUCCAAAUCCUUCGAAAGUGCUUUAUAUCAACAAGAAGGAGGCUCCACUGCUGAGAGUUGAAAGAGGUGUGCCAGUUACUUUCUCUAUUCAAGCCGGGCACGAUGUGGCUCUUUACAUCACUUCCAAUCCAAUUGGUGGUAAUGCAACAUUGCAUAGCAUGACUGAGGUUAUCUAUGCCGGUGGACCUGAGUUUGAGGGUGUCCUUGCCAGCCCAACAGAAUUACAAUGGUCACCUGAUCGAAAUACGCCGGAUCAAGUUUACUACCACUCCUUGUUUGAGCAGAAAAUGGGUUGGAAAGUUCAGGUAGUUGAUGGUGGUAUUUCAGACAUGUACAGUAGCAGUGUUCUCUUGGAUGAUCAACAGGUCUCCUUUUUCUGGACUUUAUCUGAAGGCUCUAUCUCUGUUGCCGCUCGGGGCGAGAAGAAAAGUGGAUAUGUUGCGAUUGGAUUUGGAAAUGGAAUGAUCAACAGCUAUGUGUAUGUCGGUUGGAUAGAUCUCGACGGAAAAGGUCAUGUAGACACUUACUGGAUCGACGGCAAAGAUGCGAUGCAUGUGCACCCAACUUCUGAAAAUUUAACCUUUGCUACAUGCAGUCAAGAAAAUGGAAUCAUAACAUUCGAGUUCACUCGUCCUCUAUCCCCUUCGUGUAACGGAAAGAUAGAGUGCAAGAAUAUCAUUGAUCCGACCACUCCUCUUAAAGUUAUUUGGGCGAUGGGCUCCCAUUGGUCGGAGGAUAAUCUAAGUGAAAAGAAUAUGCAUUCUGCUACAAGCAAUCGACCGGUCAGGGUUCUUUUGUUGAGAGGAUCUGCAGAGGUAGAGCAGGAUCGGCGACCGGUUUUGGCUGUUCAUGGGUUUAUGAUGUUUGUGGCUUGGGGCAUGCUUCUUCCGGGGGGAAUAUUGGCGGCGAGGUAUUUGAAGCAUAUAAAGGGCGAUGGCUGGUAUCAGUUGCAUGUCUAUUUGCAGUACUCUGGAAUAGUUAUCAUGUUACUCGGUCUUCUUUUCGCAGCUGCUGAGCUUCGAGGUUUCUAUCUAAGCAUAGUGCAUGUGAAAUUCGGUGUAGCUGCUAUCUUGUUGGCAUGUGCCCAGCCGAUAAAUGCGUAUCUACGGCCCAAAAAACCGACGGAGGAAGAGAUGGCGUCUUCCAAAAGAACAAUCUGGGAGUACUUUCAUGUAAUCACAGGGAGAUCUGCCAUUGUAGUCGGAGUUGCUGCACUGAUCAGCGGAAUGAAGCACUUGGGACAUCGAUAUGGCAGCGAGAAUGUUCAGGGUCUUACUUGGGCAUUAAUAUUAUGGGUUUUAGCUCUUGCACUUUUGGUUAUGUACUUGGAGUAUUCCGAGGCUAAGCGAAGGCAAAACGAUAGGAGCUCUUUAAGAGGUGAAUGGGUGCUGGGGAGCAGCGAUGAAGACGAUUCACUGGACUUGUUGCAUCACGAAAGAACUGCUACUACUAAACCUGUGUCUCGAUCGUCAAUGUCGGUGGUAAUGGAAGUGCAACUCGAACCUCUUAACAGAUAGAAUGCAAUUUUAUACACAAAGAAACACACAGAAAUACUUCAGCCAUCAUGUUAAAUGUAUAGAGAAGAGGGCGCCAUGCCGAUUGAUUUCCUUUGCCUAAGACAGUUAUAUUUUUUUGUAAAGACAUCAUGCAACAACAGCUUACCGAACAGUUAGAAAUGAUUAUUUGCUUUUCCUCCUUGUUAUUCUCUUUUAUAUUUGCAAUAUGAAACUGUGACAUGCAUUUGAUACAAUUUUGAAAGGACGCCUGUUUUGCAUUUGUUUCAAUACAUUCGUGCCCAGUGACUCAGUGAGGCCUCUCUGAGUUAA